AUACGUAAAAGUUAAAUUUCAAUUGCUUAUCCACUGGAUGUGAUUCGUAGGAGAAUGCAAAUGGUCGGGUGGAAAGAUGCUUCCGCUGUUGUUACAGGCGAAGGGAGAAGCAAAGCUUUGCUUGAAUACACUGGUAUGAUGGAUGCAUUUAGAAAAACAGUUCGUCAUGAAGGCUUCGGAGCAUUGUACAAGGGUUUGGUCCCCAAUUCAGUGAAGGUUGUACCAUCCAUUGCGAUUGCAUUUGUGACAUAUGAGAUGGUGAAAGAAGUUUUAGGAGUGGAGUUUAGGAUAUCAGACUGAGUCACAUUUGAUAUCUCAAUACGUUUCGCCGACAAGAAAACGCACUUCUAUUUUUGUAGCCAGAGGAGACAGAAGAGAAGUUCAACAAAUUUAGGGGGCUUUAUUUAUCUCCUUUCAACAUCCGGUGGGAAGGAUAAAAGGCUAUAGGGCUUAGCCAAACUCUUUUUUUUUUUUUUUUUCUCUUCUACUUAUAGAUGAUUGGGUUUAUGCUUUUAUGCUGAAUCAAAUAAGUCAGUGGCCAACUACAUUUGGUACUGCAGUUUGUGCUACAACAUGUUUGGGCUGCUCUUUUCUCAUUCAAUUAUUUACACUGUUGUUAUGACUCUUA